CCCUAACGUGCCCUUCGCCAAAACCGACUUUCGGCGGACCGCUAUCUUUUAUACACAACUAUCUUUUUGAUUAUUUGAAGUUUGGGUUUAGACUUCGACAUUAUUUUUGUAACCAUUUGUUAAUCAUUUUUCUGGUUUUGUUUUAUUAUGGCAUCUAAGGCUUUUUCGAAAUUGAACGCAUUGACGAGUACGCUGGGUAAGGCUGCUGGUAAGCCUAUUCGCAUCGGUGUCAUGGGUUCCGGAAACUGGGGCACUGCCAUUGCAAAGAUUUGCGGUGAGAAUGCUCGUGAACACCCUGAGAUCUUUGACACUCAAGUUCACAUGUGGAUGUACGAGGAGACUGUGCCUUACCAAGGCGAGCAACGGAAGUUGACCGAGAUUUUUAACUCUACGCACGAGAAUGUGAAGUACUUGCGUGGUGUUCGGUGUCCUUCGAAUGUAUACGCCAAUCCCGAUGUCCGUGAUGUCAGUUCUCGCAGCGACAUUCUUGUCUGGGUCGUUCCUCACCAAUUUGUUGAGCGUAUCUGCCACCAAAUCAAUGGCAGCGUGAAGAGUGGCUCUGUUGCUAUUUCGUGUAUUAAGGGUGUUUCCGUGCAAGAGGAGAGUGUCUCUCUGUUCUCAGAUGUGAUCCAAAAGCAUACUGGUAUGUACUGUGGUGUACUGUCUGGUGCCAAUAUCGCCAAUGAGGUCGCAAGAGAGAAGUUCUGUGAAACGACCAUUGGUUACGACCCCGAUGACACUGUGAACCCUCGCUUCACCCCUGAGGUAAUUAGCGCUCUUUUCUACCGUCCUUACUUCCGUGUGCAAAUGGUGAAGGAUGUUGCCGGUGUCGCUUUAGGUGGUGCCCUGAAGAACAUUGUUGCCGUGGGCGCUGGUAUCGUUGAUGGUUUGGGCUUGGGUGACAACACCAAGUCGGCUGUCAUGCGCAUUGGUCUUAUGGAGAUGCAGAACUUUGGCCAUGUGUUCUUUAACUGUGAUCGUCUUACCAUGGUUGAGCAAUCCUGUGGUGUGGCCGACCUUAUCACCUCAUGCUUGGGUGGCCGUAAUCACCAUUGUGCGGUCGCUUUUGUGCAGACCCGCAAGCCCAUGCACGUGCUUGAGAAGGAGUUGCUUAACGGUCAAAAGUUGCAAGGUGCUGCAACGGCCAAGGAGGUUCACGCUUUCUUGAGACAUCACAACCGUGUGCACGAGUUCCCUCUGUUCACUGCUAUCUAUCGCAUUGUGUAUGAGGGCAUGCCCCCUGAGGAUUUGAUCAACGUCAUUUAAGCUAGAAUUCGCAGUUGCAUGUGUUGGCGAUGUGUGUCUCCGUUGUACGAAAGCUCUUAGAUUUCCCUUUGUUAUGUUCUUUCAUUUUUCUUGGCUGCUGACUGACUGACUAUACACGUUGUUGCUCAGGGCUAGGUCAUCACGCUCUUUUUGAUCACAUUUCGGAAUAACCGUUCAAUAUGUCGCAUGUUCAGUUUUGGUGUUCUUGGAUUAGUUCUACAUUUACCCCAUCUUUUCAAACAGAAAGCAUUGCUGGAACUAACGAAGCUUCGGAUGGACUAGGCAGGACCAUUUCCCCUCCCCCUACUUCUGUCUAGUGGCCGGCGCCGCAUCUCGACAAGGCUUACCAAACGCCUAAUAUUUAUAUAGCUAAGCUACGGACAGCUCUUACACAACUAGAUGAUUGCACAUGUUGCAAAGUGUAUAUGUCUUUUUACGGUAAUGUAUUAACUGCUUGUAUCGUAUUCGCUUUUUGUCGUCUGUUGCUGUUUCGUAUUCCGUUUACGCGGUUGACUGUCGUCAGUGUAUCGCUUCCAACACACGCUAUAUUGCCUAUUCAAUCUAACGAAUCGCUUUGGUAAAGAAGGCGACACUAAGCAAGCAUGUGGUCGUCUACAGCGCCACAACACCUGUUUCUGUGGAAUAGUGCACUUUAAAAAGUCGCAAACGCCUCUUUAUGCCUUUAUAUUUGCUAACGCUGCUAGUGAAUUAUGUAGAAAGUGUCUGCGUGUGUGUUUGUGUGUGUGCCUUGUACUGCUUGCUUCCUCCCCUUUCUGCUAGUUCUUUUUGUACUGUACACCCAAUUAAGGCGUAGAGCAUCAAAUACGUUAGGGUACAUAGUGUUUGAAUAGUGAGAGCUUGUGCACAACGCGUAAACCGCACUAACGAAUCUUAACGUUUGCCGGUAACCUUAAUUCUUUUGGUCGCGUUUCCCUUGCUGCGGAACCAACUCUGUGCCAGCCUCAGCAGGUUCCAUG